AGUGCGUCUCUUAAUUUCGGAUGAAGGGAACGAGAAGGGAGGGAGAGGAGAUUUUAAUCACUCCUGUCGCUUUAAGGACACAUAUCAAAGCCUUAUUAUGCGAAUUGAAAAUACCAUGAGCCAGUGAGCCAACUGAGCAGCCAGGGGGACGGACUGGAGUGGAUUUAUAGGGGAAACUCAACAUUAUCUGAGCUGGAAGAGACCGCUUCAUCGCCUUGUGGAGUUUGAUUUCACACUGGAUGGUUGGUUUAUUCGGACGGCUCGGGUCAUUUUAAUUUUUUUUUUUUUAAAUUUAUUUAUUUUCUCCCUCCUUGGUGGAAAUAUUGCGCAGAAGUACAGCUCUCUCAGACUUGGGAUUCUUUACCCCCUGAAGCGAGGAGGAGGAAUAUCACUUAAAAACUCAACGGCGUCGCGUGCGGGGAUUAUUCGCGACACUCGUACGUGUUGGUUUCGGACGGAUAGUAUCCCGCGAGCUCCCUCUCCGUGUCUGACAGUCCUGGAUCAUGGGCUGGGGUGGUGGAAAAGAACAACGGCCAGCGACAUGAUUCCUCUACGCCGUCUGCGGCACGCUGCGUGGUCAGGCUCAAACAUCGCUGGCUAUGAUUCCCGUGCAACAAAAGUUGCGAGGCGGCUGUAAUGCGCGGAUUUUUCCACAGUUUGCCCGUUUUGCACCUGCUUUCACGGACGCCGCGUCGACACCGUGCGGAUUCGUGACGGAAAAAGCGUGCGGAUCCGCGCCGCUUCGCCCGCUCCUUCGCCGACUGUGCGGGAUACUUGAACAUUUGCCUCGCCGUAGUGGAAAUCGGGGAGGUUUGUACUCAAGGUCACUGAGUGUUUUCAGGCGUUAUUUGCCUUCCCAUCCACACUAGCGCACACAGACGCCUUCGCGAACACACACACACACACACCAUAUACACACUAUAGCGCACGCGCACAUGCUCGCGCACGCGUACUUGCACACACGCGCGCGCGGCGCUAUCCGCACGUUAUAGCGCAGCCUCUAAUUCUCAGUCCAGUGUGUGUUAUUUGUUAUUAUACGGUUCCGCGAGUCUGUGGGCGUGCACGUCCUGUGGAGUUUUUUUUUUCUCCUCUUCUUUUUCUUCUUCUUCUUUUUCCUUUUUUUUUCCCGUGUUAUUUUGACACUGCAUGCAAGCUCUUUCCAAUAACAUGGAUGGGAAACUGAAGCAGGGUCGGAGAUGCCGGGCCAAGCGGGAGAGGGUGCGGAGGUUGCGGGAGCCGGGGAGCAAAGACGCCCGCAGCCCCGAGCCCAACUCCUCCUGUUCUGACAGGGAGGGACAGAGUCCCGGGAGAGACGCCGCCUCCCCGGCCGCUAAAAAGACGCCUCACCCCGCUGCCGCCGCCAGAGCCCCGCGCCCCCCUCGGAGGAAGAGACGGGAGUCCAGCUCGCAGGAGGAGGAUAUCAUUGAUGGAUUUGCUAUUGCCAGCUUCAUCAGCCUGGAACGUCUGGAGAAGAACACCAGUGUCAUGAAGAAGGAGACGAAGGAGUGGUGGAAGGAGAAGAAGACGACGAAGCAGCAAAAGCAUGAAGACGAGGACAAGGAGGAGGAGGAGGAGAACGUCCAGCCGGCGGUGGACCCUCUGGAGAACGGCUUCCUGCACCACGCUCAGCGGGAGCAGGAGAGGAUGAACGAGAGGCUGCUGAAGAAGACGUACUCCAAGAAGAACAAAAUGAUCAAACCUUUGGCGCCGCGUCCUGUCAAACUCAGAGAGGACGAGACUUUCCAAGAAUUUAGUCGGCCGCACAGGAGCAACUCCAAGGAGCAGCUCAGCGAGAGCUCCACUCACUCUCUGUCGGGCCGCGGCUACUCGGUGCAGCCAGCAGCAGUGGCCCUCCACAAGUGUGACAGCGAAAGUGACAUUGACGACAAGGUAUCUGAUGUAGGAUCAGAGAAGCUCUUUUCCCCUACCGCACCCAAAGGUGUACCAGCGAAUGAGAGCUCCGUGUCCAAGACUUGUGGCUCCGCCAAAGUGUCAGGACUCCAGCGCAGCCAGGAGCAGAGCAACACUGAGGUGCCCUUUGCACCGCCCGUGCCCAGCCCCACCCCGGCUUCGGCACCGACGGGCUCCCCGGCGCUCGCAGCGGCGGCAGCCCCCCCUGAGCCUCGGGGCUUGCGGCUUCUCACCCCGCCGCCCCUCAGCGUUAAGAAGGAGCAGCAGCCUCCGCCCCCUGUCCCGACCCCGCCCCUGCUGAAGGCCCCGCCCCACGCCCCGCCUCACCUCCCUCACCCGCACUCACACCCGGAGCCCCGUGUGCUCCCGCCCCCGCCUCACCACGCCCGGCCGGUGAUCAGCCACCAGGUGCACCACCCUCUGCAGUACAACAGCCUCCACGACAUCAGCCACCGCAGCAGUCCGCUGGGUCUCGCCAAGCAGCACUUGCCCCCGUCCCCUCACCACCACCACCUCAGCGGGCUCCCGUCCUCAGCCCCUGCCUUGCCUCUGUCCAUAGCAAACCUCUCUACCUCGCACUAUUCCUCCCUACGGAGUCCAGCCCAUCGCCAUUCGGCCAUGUUUGCAACCCCAGCCACACUGCCGCCACCGCCGACCUUACCGACCAACAGUUUAGUGGUGCCUGGACACCCCGCUGGCACCCCCUACCCAGAGCAUGACCUCCUGAGGCAGGAGCUGAACAACCGCUUCCUGGUUCAGAGUUCGGAGCGGGGCCGGGGGCCGUCCGCUUCACCGCUGGCCCCCGUGUCGCUCCUGAGGGCCGAGUUUCACCAACACCAGCACAUGCACCAGCACCAACACACCCAUCAGCACACCUUCACGCCCUUCCCCGCCAGUCUGCCCCCGGCCGCCAUCCUCACCCCGCCCACCGCACCCCCCAUGGUGCGUACCCAAGCCAGAAAUUUCGACAAAUACACCCCCAAACUGGACAAUCCGUUCAUCAGACAUUCAAAUUUUUUCCCCUCCUAUCCCCCGACCAUGCCAGGCAUGCCCCCGCUGCUCCCGCACUCAGGACCCUUCAGCUCGCUGCAAGGAGCCUUCCAGCCUAAGGCUUCUAAUCCCAUUGACGUAGCAGCACGUCCUGGAGCCGUUCCUCACACACUUCUACAGAAGGAUCCGCGGAUGAGUGAUCCGUUCAGGACGUCUGUUAGGAAACCUGGCAAGUGGUGUGCAGUACAUGUCCAGAUUGCAUGGCAGAUCUACCACCACCAGCAGAAAAUGAAGCAGAUGCAGCUCGACCCUCACAAGCUAGACAUGAACGGGAAGCUGGACCUGUUCAGUCGACCCCCGGCCCCAGGAGUCUUCCCGGGGUUCCCCUAUCCUCACGACCUGGCACGACCCCUGUUCCCCUCCACAGGCUCCGCACACCCAGCACCCUCUCCGUAUGGCCCCGCCCCCCACCCCAGUGGCUUCCUGCCUCCGAGCCAUUUGGCAGGUAAGUAUCCUUUCAGUCGCUCCAGUUCCUUUGGCGGCCUCGGCAACCUUUCAACCAGUGCCUUCGGAGGAUUAGGCAACCCCUCGCUUGGGUCCAAUAGUGUGUUUGGUUCCAAGGAGGGGCCAGGAGGACUGCCCACUUUUGGCAGCCCCCACCACGACACCUGGAACAGGCUGCGACGCACACCGCCGUCUUUCCCCACCCCGCCGCAGUGGCCCAAAACCGGAGAGGCUGAGCGAAGCAGUUCCGCCAACAGCCACGACCGAGAGCGAGAGCGGGACAAAGAGCGAGAACGGGACAGAGAGAAAAGAGACUCGUCCAUCGGGAAAGAGGAGAAGGAUAAGGACAGGGACUCCGUGGAUCGCAACCGCCACUCUAACCGCUCUUCUCCUGCCUCGGCACCAGUCAGCUACCAGAUCAGCAGCCUGAUUCGCUCAAACAGUCAGAACUCUAGCGAUUCAGGUCGGCAUCAAAGCGGCAGUGUAGACCGCGUCCGGGAGGCGGAGAAAGAGCUGCUAGAGCGCCAGAGGGAGUCCUCUCUAGCCGACAUAAAGGUAAAGGAGAGCCGCUCGCCGGGGAAGGAGAUGCUGGAGAGGCGGACCUCAGAGGACUCCAUCAAACCCACGCAGCGUACGCCUUCGCCCUACUCCAAGGCCAUGAUAAAUGAGCAAAGCAUGAAGCUAGCCGGUGGGCUCCCGUCUGUGAUCAAGGACAUAGAGAGAAAGGAGCCCCCGUCUGCAGAGCUCCUCCACAAAGUGAAAAAUGACAUGAAGAUUAAGGAGGAGAGAAAGGAGGAGCAAGAGGUCAUGGUGGUGAGUUCAGAGCCAGCGCCCCAACCUGCAGUACAGAUCCUUCCUGUCAGCCAACCAGGAAACCCUCACCACCACCACCCACCGUUGUCACAGCAGCCUCAUCUUCCCUCGCCCCGUGGCAAUGACAUCCCGACACCGGGCCUGCACGGUGUCCCCAUGUCACACUCUCUUCCUCUAUCCAUGAGUGCCAUGCCUCAAAUGGGCAGCCUCAACGUACUGGACAGAGCCCGCAUGGCUCCCUUCAUGGGGGUGAGCCCGCUGGCAGGACGAGAGCGCGUGCCACACACCGCCUUCCCCUGGGACCCACUUCGAGAGGCCUACCGCAGCCUGGACCUGCAGCGGCGCAUGGACUUCCAGCUCAGGGCCGAGCAAGGACACCGCUACCCCAGCGUGUACGAGCAGGAGCGCGCCUACCGCGAACGGGAGGCUCACGACUACUCUCACCACGAGCACCUCUUGGAGGUGCGCAGGGAGCACGAGAGGAUGCGACAACAGGCGGAGGAACGAGAACGCCUCCACCUGAGGGAGGAGCUUGACAGGGCCCGCCUCCAUCAGCUACACCAGUCGCCGAUGGAGGGCCAUCUACCCCACAUGCCCCCCUUUAUGCCACACUUAGGAGGCAUGCCAUACCCAAGACUUAGCCCCUCCACAGGACACAACGGUCCUCUGAACAGAACGCCCCCUACCGCCGCAUUAAGCGCACCCCCGCCUCUUGUGCCAGCUGGCAGUACCCGGCCAGCCUCACCCAGGAGGACUACCCCCCUCACCACCACCCAGGACCCGAGGGACUAUUCCCCGUCUCGCAACCCCAAAGAAGUAGAGGCUCGGUAGUUUCUGGAAGCUCGACAAGCCUCACUUCUGUUUUGUGGAAUACCAUGAUCAAAGAUGCACUGCUCCUUCACCAGAGAGGAGCGAACCUCCCCAAGGGAAAGGGUAUGAUUGUACAAAGUAAAGGUGUGUAAGGCUAAUAAAGCACAUGCCAUGGCUAUUUUUAGUGGACUGGAUGUUCAAUAAUGUCGGUAAAGAUGACACAAAUGUGUGGAUGUUUAUUUCCGACUUAAAUAUUUGAUAAUUAUUAAUAUAUUAAUCCAAUACCUUAUUUCUGCUUUGUGCCGAAAAGAAAGGUCCUAAAUAAGUUUGUACAUUUCCUAUCUUUGUUCCAUGUAUAGAUAUGAUUUCUAUGAAUUUUAUGUACUUUGUGCAUUAGUCUUGCCUUUUACAAUAUUUAUCCCAGUCUAUUGUGAGACAUAUCCUUUAUGAUAAUGUAAAGACUUGACUUUGGAUUCAACCAUCAGUAAUUUAACCUCAUGGUACCUGGAUAUCCUCAAUGAUGACAAUGUACAUUGCUACAUUAUCAAUUUAUUUUGUUUAUUUGGUUUGCCUUUGAGAUAUGCAGAUAAAUAUAUAUAUAUACAUAUAUAUAUAUAUAUAUAUAAUUAUAUAUAAUGUUUGUUCAGUCUCUGUAAAGAAAACUGAUGUAAAUAAUCUGUUAAUAUUCUUUGCUGCAAGAUUGCGUUGUAAAUUUAUUAGUCUUUUUAACCAUUUCUAGAAAAACGAAAUUAAACGAAACAACGUGGAAUCACCUGUCUGUUGAAAAUCCUGGUGUCAAACAGCCGGCCAACCGAUGGAAGUCACGAAGGGAGGGUGUUGUACGGAAGCCUAGAUGGAUCGUUUGCAAUCUAUGCAAAGCAGCACACAACACCCUAACAAAACGAAAUCUACUGGAACAAACUGACAAUACUGGAGAAGCUGAGAGAAACUUGGAUUUAGCACAUGUUCAUAUGUACCAAUGAAAAUCAUCUGGAUUAUUCAAAGACUUCCAAGUCAGAAACUGGACCAGCUCCAAACAGAAAAGGACACUGUUGGGUGGACAUCAAAAGGACUUUAUCUGUCAACCUUGUGGUGUUGUGCAGUUGUUUUUCUUAGACUCUUGUAUACAAAAACAGUAGCGUUUUAGGCGUGGAAAAAAAAAAAAGAAAAAUGAACAUUCAUGGUUUAAAAUGUACGGAAUAAAGUUUGGACCUAAUGUCAAA